AUGACCCAGCUCUGCUCACCUAGGCCUGAAGCUCUCGCUUAUCCUAUCCAUGUCCCUCCCAGGGGCCUGGGUGCUGGGGAGGGGUUGGGUGGUUCAGUGGGUCCAUGUGUGUUCUCCUGGGGCCCUAGCCCGGCCCAGCUCCUGGACAGUGUCCUAGGGCUGGGAGCACUGGGGUUGACAAUUCGGGCAGUCUUUUCCAUGGCUGGCCCACCCUUGCUGCUGCUGUUGCUCCUGGUCAGCUUCCUGGCCUUCGACCUGCUCCACAGGCCCACAGGUCCCACCCGGACACAGCCUGCAUUUCUCACAGGGAGCCAAAGUCAGGGGGCUGGUGAGGGUCCAAGACAGCAGGAGGCUCUGCUCCUUCAGACAGCGGCAGUCACAGGACGACUCAGCAUUCAGGAGGCUCUGCUGCUGCUGCUCCUGGGCCUGGAGCUGUUCCUGGGAGCCCGCGGCAUGCCCUUGGCCCUGCUUGGCCUGGCUUUCUGCCUCUAUCCUUGGGCCUGA